AUGCGUAUUGUAUUCGUGCUAUUGUUCACAUUGAAUGGCUUCGUGUUAGGCAAAGAAUGGACGGCAAGCAAUAUGCCAGAUCCGCGGGAUAAAAGCGGCUACAUGAAGUGUAACAUGAAGUCGUUGAGCAAGGUGUGCGAUCCAGACGAGGUGCUAUCAUCAACGGAUCGUUAUCGUAUCAACCACGAAGUGAAUCAAUUAGCUCAACGCACAACGCAUUCGGGUGGAAACUUCUGUCAAACCAAAGGAAUUGAGUCCAUUUUAGUGGCUGUGCAAUCGGUAAGCAAUCCUAAAUGCAUAAAUUCAGUUCAUGUGCACAAAUGA